AUGGGAGGUGAAGCCUACAACAACUUGGGGUUUCUUCCUUUCAUCUUGACAGGACGGCCAGGCCUGGAGACCUCUCAGCACUGGUUGUUUCUGCUCUUUGGUGUCCUCUACACCAUCUCUAUAGUGGGCAAUUCCCUGAUUCUCUUCAUCAUAAAGGAGGAACAGAGUUUGCACCAGCCAAUGUACUAUUUCCUGUCCCUUCUAUCUGUCAACGACCUGGGUGUAUCCUUUUCUACUUUGCCCACAGUCCUGGCUUCUAUGUGCUUUCAUGUCCCAGAGACUGCCUUUGAUGCCUGCUUGGCUCAGAUGUUCUUCAUACACUUUUUUUCCUGGACAGAAUCUGGAAUUCUGCUGGCCAUGAGUUUUGACAGGUAUGUGGCCAUCUGUAACCCCUUGCACUAUUCUUCAGUGCUUACUGAUACCCGUGUAGCCCAUAUAGGCAUGUCUAUCAUUGUCCGUAGCUUCUGCAUGGUAUUUCCACCUUUCCUACUGAAGAGGCUACCCUUCUGUAAGGCCAAUGUUUUGACCCAUUCGUACUGCUUGCAUCCAGACCUGAUACGCCUACCUUGUGGAGAUACCACCAUCAACAGCAUAUAUGGUCUGUUUAUUGUCAUCUCUGCCUUUGGUGUAGAUUCAGUGCUCAUCCUUCUCUCCUAUAUGCUCAUUCUGCGCUCUGUGCUGGCCAUUGCCUCCCGGGAAGAGAGAUUUAAGACACUCAACACCUGUGUGUCACAUAUAUCUGCUGUGCUCAUUUUCUAUGUGCCUAUGAUUAGUGUGUCAAUGGUCCACAGAUUUGUAAAGCAUGCCCCAGAGUGUGUGCACAAGUUCACAUCCUUGGUCUAUCUCUUUGUCCCUCCAAUGCUCAAUCCCAUUAUCUACUCCAUAAAGACAAAGGAGAUUCGCAGGAGGUUACACAAGAUGUUGUUAGGCACUAAGUUCUGA